AUGCCCGUCCUCGUGAAGCUCAUCAGCCAAGGCGUCGGCCUGGCCACCGAAGCCUACGCAUCCAGCAAGAAGUCCAAGGCCGCAAAGGCAUCUUCGUCCGCCUCUUCUCCCGCGCCCGAAUCCUCAUCCUCAUCGCGCCGCCCCGGCCACGAGCCUCCGCAAUAUGCAGAGCUGUCCGACGACCAAGCCAAUGACCUCAGCGCCAGCGGCAGAGCCCUUCCAAUCGACGAAGCCGGUAGUGCACACAAGCAAGAGCAAGAGCCCGUAGCAGCACCCGCCAUCCUCGAAGAUGACGACGUCUGGGCCCUGGACGAAGCCUCGGAGGAGCUGCGACAUCAACACCACCACCACCACCACCACCACCAACCCUCCUCCUCCGUCCGCUCCGACUCGUCCUCCUCCCCCUCGCCUCCCGGCACCCCCGUAGGCAGCGAAAAGCCCGACAUCAGCAACAACGUCCUCAUCCGCGACCUGCUCACCCGCCUCCCGCCCCCACUCCCCCCCAGCGGCGCGCCGCGCCUGCCCUGCCCCGUCAUCCUGCCGCAGCGGCGCCCCCGCGAGAAGACGCGCGGCUUCGUGCGGGCGUACGCGCCGGUGCUGCACGAGGCGGCGGGCAUCGACCAGGCGACGUUCCUGCAGUUCCUGAAGUCCUUCCACCGCGCGUCGCAGGCGAGCCCCGUCUUCAACGUCAUCCUGCUCGCGAACGCGGCCGUGGGCUUCGUGCCGAGCGUCGCCGUCAUGGCGACGACGGCGGCGGUCAACGCGGUGGUGAUUCCCGCGCAGAUCGCGCAGCAGCGGUACCGCGCCAACACGUUCCUGGACGAGGCGAACGAGCGCGUGUUCAAGCCGAGGGGAUUGUUCGCCAUGAUCGUGGCGUUCAAGGGGGACGAUCGGGGCAAGGCCGUCGAGGCGAAGCAGUUGGAUAUCAAUGCCGUGUUUGCCAAGUAUGGGGGGGCCUCGGGCGAGUCGUCGGGGAGCAAGUGGAAGGACGGCGCGAAGAAGAUGAGGUUGAGCAGCGGGAAGACGUAUGGCGAGGAAGGCCUGCCGGUGGCGGCCGAUCUGGUUUUCCCCGGACUCGAAGAGGAGGAUGGAGAGGGAGGAGAGCAGGCAGAGGGAACGAAGGGGAAGAAGAAGUGGUUGGCGGAUUACUACGACAGGAGGGCACAGGCGAGCUUUUUGGCGGAGAAUCCCGACUCCUCGCUCAUCAAGCAGAAGCCUGAGUUCGCUUCCAGCUGGGCUGAUCCAAGCCACCCGGCAUACCAGGGCACGCUGGUCACGCUGGUCAGCGGUGGAAAGAUCGCACCGAGACAACGUGGCGUCCUUGGGCUUGCAGGAGUCGUCAGAGGCGGUCGAGCUGGUGCUGCCGGAAGGGGCAGAGAAGGCCUUCUUGGUGGUCGCGGACUGCUUGGCAGAGGGGGCUCUUCAGGCGAUCAAGACUACUACGACAGACGUAGCACCCCAUCCGGUUACGGCUCCAACAAUGCGUACGCUGGAGAGCAAGGCUCCUACGAGGACGAUUCGCGUCGACGCGAGACGGACUCGAUUCGCAGCCGACAACAAGGUUCGCGUGGCGGUUCGAGUGCUGCUACUCGGGGAGGCCGUACCACCAUCAUCGGGACGGUGAAAAAGGCUUUGCGACAGGACGUCUUGUAUCUCAUGAUCGUAAACAUGCCCACCGACGAGGAGAUGGCGCAGGCCAAGGCGCAGCUCGAGGAGCUUCAAGGCAGCGGUUGA